CUAAAAUCAAAAAAUCGAGAGCAUCCAUUGUUUGUUUCAGAGAAGAAAGACAUGGAGAGUGAGAGGGAAAAGCAGGUUUACUCGGCGAAGCUCUCUGAGCAAACCGAACGUUACGAUGAAAUGGUUGAGGCGAUGAAGAAAGUUGCUCAGAUGGAUGUGGAGCUCACCGUGGAGGAGAGGAACCUUGUAUCUGUUGGUUACAAGAACGUCAUCGGCGCGAGGAGAGCGUCGUGGAGGAUACUAUCCUCCAUCGAGCAGAAGGAAGAGUCCAAGGGGAACGAGGAGAAUGUCAAGAGGAUUCAGACUUACCGAAAGAGGGUUGAAGAGGAGCUUGCCAAAGUUUGCAAUGACAUCUUGUCCGUCAUUGAUAAGCAUCUCAUUCCUUCCUCUACCGCCGUGGAGUCCACUGUCUUUUUCUACAAAAUGAAAGGAGAUUACUAUCGCUAUCUGGCAGAGUUCAGCUCUGGUGCUGAGCGCAAGGAAGCUGCAGAUCAGUCUCUUGAAGCCUACAAGGCUGCUGUUGCUGCUGCAGAGACUGGAUUGGCACCAACACAUCCAGUUAGACUUGGCUUGGCUUUGAACUUUUCGGUUUUCUAUUAUGAGAUCUUAAACUCUCCUGAAAGCGCAUGCCAAUUGGCUAAGCAAGCAUUCGACGAUGCAAUCGCUGAACUUGACAGCCUCAACGAGGAGUCAUACAAGGACAGCACUCUUAUCAUGCAGCUACUCAGAGACAACCUCACCUUGUGGACUUCUGACCUCCCCGAGGAAGGAGAAGAGAAAUCCAAAGGUGAUGAGCCUAAAGAAGAGAACUGAAUCCUGUGUGUGAAGAGAAACGACCCUUGAUGCAUUGCAUCCGAAGACAGCAAGUGUCGUUGCUCGGAAAAAAAUGUGUAAUUUUUUUUAUAUUUUAUUGUCGUUCUUGAUUAUGUUUUCAGAUAUUUGACUUUCUACAACCUACUACGUAACUACAAAUGCACUUGGUGUCAUACACUUAGUUUGCUU